GACAAACGGCUGGUUCGUCCGCGUUUGCGGGACAGAGACGGCACGUAUCGAGUAGUAAACAUGGCGCCGUGUGACCCUCCAUAUCAUUUUUAAGUGUGUUCCUGUACACGCAGUAUCUCGAGAUUAAUUUCACGUACUUUCGUAAAAAAGAAAAUAAUAGGGUUCGAUUAGUGCGGACGGGGCACUGCACUAUCCGCGUAAACCGAUACUCUAGACAUACCCUUGAAGUGCCAAAACGCAUGACUCGUUGUUUAUUUUCUGAAAUUAAUUAAGUGCAUUAUUAUACAUUUAUUAUUAUAGUGUCGUCGCCGAAUAUUUCAAAGUGCCAAAUGUAUUUACAUAAUGUAAACAGUAGGUUCAGUUAGACUGUGUAUGUGGGCGAGUGUCGCUUCCAAUAGAUAAGGAUAUAGUUCGUAAUGGACAGGAGCAUCGACAACUACCUGCAUAAGAAGUUUAAGAAACAGUUGAGCGUAGAACCAAAGCAGCAGCAUCAUCAACAAAAUGACAGAAAUAAGGAAAACAAAGAAGUCGCCCCGCGAAAGUUGGAACCGAGUGAGGAAAAAACAUCGAGGGGCAACACCGAGCCAACAACUGUGCCAAAUGAAAGUACAAAUAAUCACCACGCCAGUUUUAUGCCGAUAGUCGGCGCUCCUGACCACUCCAAGUCUUCCAUAUCAUGUGAAAGUGGGAACUUUAAACCGUGCAUAUCAAACUCAGUAGAAUCGCAGCAACCAGAGGCCAUUAGUAUAGCAUUUAAUUUUGAUACAAACUUUAGGCAACUCAACAGUAGUAGUGUCAGUGAAACGACCAAAAUUGUUAAUAGUCCGUCUUCCAGUGUUAACGAGUAUCCCCAUUACAAUCAAAAUCAAACCAGCCCUCCUCCACCUAUUAAGGAAGAUCGUACCUCAAAAGAUGAUUAUAAUGUAAGUAAACCGAUAAAUGAAGAGGUUCAGCCUACUCCAGAGAAGAAUUCUAGCGGGAAAUAUGUGUGCAAGUACUGUAACUUAGUGUGUUCUAAACCUAGUGUACUACAAAAACAUAUAAGAGCGCAUACAAACGAACGUCCGUACCCUUGCAACAGUUGUGGGUUCAGUUUUAAAACCCGAUCAAACCUUUAUAAACACUGCAGAUCUAGGACACAUGCUAAUAGGAUAAUGGGAGUUAAAGCUCAGGAAAAUUCGGGAGAAGGUGACUCCAAACAAAAUUAUGCAGAUAAUGCAACACAAACGCAAACGUAUUCAAACACCGAAGAACCUUUGGACCCAUCAAGAAACAAACCUUAUAAGCCCAGAUUUCAUACUGUUCAACAGUUUGAAAAUUUAACUCUUGAAGAGGAAAGAGGGAAUAGAGAACCAAAUCUGUCGCAUCAUAUUAACGAACUUAUAAAUAAAAAUAAUUCCAUAGUUAAUUCUAAUGACCCGAAUUUAUUGAAAAGACGAUUUAGCGAAGCUUUGGAUAAUGCCAAUAACAAUGAGUACUUGACGCAAAGACUUGACAGGCCAGAUAUUGUUUAUAGUCCUAGCAGCAGCGACGAACCUUUAAACUUAACCAACAAAAAUCGUAAGAGAUGUAUGAGUGAAAUACAAGAACCGGUUAUACAGAAAAGUUUAAUUAAAGAGUUGCUACUCAAGAAUCUAAAUUCUGACAUGCAAUGCGGCUAUUGUAAAAUGAUUUUUAGAACAGUAACAGAGCUCGAGCUUCACAAAAUGAGAAACUGUAAAGGAAAACCUCCAGAUGUGAAGCAUGCUAGAAGUAGUUCGGUGAAUGUGGCUUCAAUUCUUACAAAAAAUAAAAACGCCUUUGACGGCAUACCAGCGUUUCAGAACGCCAUGUUUCCUUUGAACUCGCCAGGGCCAUUUUUAGGUAAAACUAGACUCGUCGAUAGUGAUAAGAGCAAAUCUUUUUCAUUUGAUGCCGUCAAUUUACCCGUGCCUAGUCCCAAUGAAUCUUCACCUAACUUUGUGUUAUCACCUAUUCCAUUUAAGGAAGAAAAGAAACCAUCAGUUAAAAUGUUUGGUGGUGAAGUAAAAAUUCAUAAUAGUUCCGGAGAAAGCAAAAGUUACCGAAUUGAUAAUAAAGACGAUAACCUUAAUCAACAAGAAUUUAUUGACUUUGACGGCAAACCAAGUGAGAAUAGAGUGACUAUAAAAUCCAGUUUACAAUCGGGUGGUACCGUUUUAACAAAUAAAACUUCAAAAGACGAAACUAAAAUGGCCAGGGAUAUUAUUAGGAUAUAUGAAAACACACCUUUAUCACCAAAUAUAAAUAUGAAUAAUUUAGGACGGCCGCAGUUUAACUAUGAACCAAGAUUAGAAGCGAACUAUUUGUCAACUGCAGUUACUACUAACAGUAGACUGCCUGUAAGAGAAUCAAUUGUCAGUAUUAAAGAAGAGCUUCAAAGUCCUUCCCAAAAAUAUCCAAACACCAUAGAUUUUAGCCAUAACGUAGUUAAACAGUGUGUACCCAACCUUAAACAUCCUGGAAUACAAAUAUCAGGCAUGUAUCCACAAAAUACAGCUUAUUCCGAUAAGGGUUGUGAAAUGUCCCCACCUGUCUUAACAAGCCCUAGACUCAUUAGUGUGGCUAUGACAAGCAAACCGAUGGAAUUAGACAAUCACACUCGAAGUCCAUUUCAGCCAAUAAAAAAGAGCGUAAUUCAAAAACUGACAUCAGAUCCACCCACCCCCACUAAUAUUUACAACCCGAUGAACUUGGUUGUAAACGGGAAAGUCAUUCGAUAUGUCCCAGGAAUGCCUGGACCAGUGGAAAACUGCGUACCGUAUGGAAGUAGUAUAAUAGCGGUACCACGUGCCAGUAAGGAGGUUGCUUCUCCAGUGCAAUCUCCAGUUAUAAGAAUUCCUAUACCAGAACACGUCAGUAGUCCUAAGCCGAUAGUUAUUCAAAAGCCCAUAACGCCUAUAGUUGAGAGAAUAUCAAAAUCAGAAAAUAUUGAAUCAAAACUAAUUAUGUCUAACUCAAGAAUACAAUCACCAAUUGCAUCACCUAAAAUCUCUGAACAGCAAAAAACCCCUGAGAAAAUCAAGGAAUUUAGCCCACCAAACACUAUGGAAAGUCCAAGGGAGCCUAAGAAAUUUGCGAGACCAAACAGUUUAGCAUUAAAACCAACUACAGCCUCACUGAAGCAACACCAUGGGCUUACCCCUACAAUUUUUAACCAAAUACUUAUCAGCCCUGAUACGCCACGUGUGGCAAAGAAAUACGCUCAACAGCUUUUUAAUGGCAACUAUUUCAGUUAUCUAGGAUUGAAGAGUUCUACAAGACCCGUUUACUGUACUUUAAAUAAAACCCAACCAUUUUAUGUGCCUCAUUUCAAAAAGAUGAGCAUGUAUUCUGAAUGGAGGCAGCAGGAUGCUAAAGUAGACAAAUUAUAUGUGGGCGCUUACGACUCGCGGCAACGAAACCAAAAGUAUACUACUGCUGGAAAAACCGAUGCUGACCUAAUUAUCCAUUCCAGUUAUAAGUUUGUCGUUUCUGAAGUUUCAAGCAAAUCCGAUGAAGAAGAUCAAAAACCUGGAUUAAUAGGCGGAUAUGAGUGUAAUGAAGAUUCUCCAUACAUCAGGGGUAGAGGUAGAGGUAAAUACGUCUGCGAGCAAUGUGGAAUUCGUUGUAAGAAACCAUCGAUGCUUAAAAAACAUAUUAGGACUCAUUCAAAUGAACGGCCGUAUACAUGUAAUCACUGUAAUUUUAGUUUUAAGACAAAAGGGAACCUAACUAAACAUAUGAAAAGCAAAUCUCAUACUAAAAAUUACACAGCAACAAGCAGUGGCUCCGGAUCAUCCACACACCUUAGUGUAUCUCAUAGUUCAGACUCUGAUACAGAGGAUAGUGGGAUGGAUAGUAGUGAUGAAUCUAUGACAAGGCAACAGGAGCACGAAGCAGCUUAUGGGUUACUUUCCCUUUCACAAAAAACAACUGCAGCUUCGCCUACAGAAUUGCUUAGCCCAGGAAUUAUAAACGCAGCUUCUACCAACUCAUCCAUCGAAUUCAUGACAACGGAACAAAUCAGCUACGUCUCGAAAUCAAAUUAUGCUAAGAAUAAAAUUUUAGAUAACUUCACUUAUAAACUAAACAAAUCUAUUGCUGAAACGAUUCCUUCGAAUUCGGCGAACGAUGAAAAGGUGACCGGUUCUGAAAGUGUUACGAACUUUUUAGGAAAAACUAGCACUACUAGGCCAUUAACGUAUCCUUAUACAAGUAUUCUUGUUAGUCCUGAAAAAGUGGCGAGUCCUGUAAUUAAAGAACCCAAAGAAGUGCCUCACGACAAGUUUGAUCAUUCCUCUUUGGAGCCAAAAAGUAUUAAGCAAUUUCAUGUGAUUCAAAAGUAUGCUGCUUUUCAAAAGGAGAGGGAAAUACCCGUUAAGGAAUACCAGGAUAAAAGUGAAAGUGUCACAAAUAAUGUCACUUAUUUACCUAGCCCAGUUCCUACUUUAAAAGUGAAUGAUGUGGUGGUUCAAGAUCAUAUAGCAGAAAGAAAACGUAAAAUUACUGUGAUUGAUAACAACUAUAAGAUGAAGGUUCAUAGAAAUGAUGAAGUAAUGGACUUAUCUAUUGCCAGUAACGAAAAAAGGGAAAAUAAGGUGUCAAGAUUAACUAUUGAUCAUCAGCAGUUCAGUUAUGAUCAACAUCGAAUUAACGAGGAUAUGUAUGUUGAACGAGCACCUGCAGAGUACCGAACAUCGCCGAAUCCCUUUAUAGCUAGUGAGGCACCAUCUGUAGAAGAAAUGAACUGCAGAAAUUUGGAAAACAGCAGAAACUACUCUACAGUAGCUUCCCCCCAACAGCCACCUGUGUUGUUACUUGCUCCAAUCAGUCAAGAGAAUCAGUUCAAUAAUUACGAUGCUGAUGUGCACAGUAACAGCAGUUGUGGGGAAACUAGAACAGUGGAGUUUGAUAAUAGUGCUAUGGAAACCUUGGCAGAUGUCGCCACUAAACAAGUGAAGCUAGAUAAAAAUACGUUGGCGAAAAGUGUUGCGUCGGAAUAUUUGAAACUGGCUACGCAACAUGAAAAUCUUGAGGAUGUCAGAGAAAGUAGCAACAAUUUUAUCCCAGGAAAAGAGGUGAACGAUAUGAUGGUAAAAUCAGAAGGAAACAAGAGUUGCCAUAUUUGUUUGAAAAGCUUUAAUCAGCCGUACCAAUUAACUCUUCACAUGAACAUUCACUAUUUAGAAAGACCAUUUCGCUGUGAUACCUGUCAGGUGAGCUUUCGCACCAAAGGCCAUUUACAAAAACACGAGAGAAGCGCUAGUCAUUACACUAAGUUAUCAUCUUCGCCGGCCCAAUCGUCCUCUGAACCUAGACCGUUCAAAUGCUCGGACUGCAACAUCGCAUUUCGCAUUCACGGGCACCUCGCCAAGCAUCUGCGUUCAAAAAUGCACAUAAUGAAACUGGAGUGUCUGGCUAAGAUUCCAUUUGGUCUUUACGCAGAAUUAGAACGGUCCAAUAGCCUCCUCACUGAGAUCAACACUAGCGACGGGGACCAAUGUUUAGAGAGUUUAAAGACUUUAGCUAAAAAGGUGUUUAUCAACGAUCCUGGCAAGCUUCAAACGCUGAUCAGCGAAGCUGACCUCGGAUCCAACAUAGAUCCAGAUAGCUAACUGAACUAAUUAUAGAAGUAAUUUAAUUUUUAUGCGUAAGACUGAUAACAUCAAACUUAUUAUUAAUGAUGAAUACGCAACCGUCUUGGUUCGUUGCCUAAUUCUUAAUUUAAAAUUUAAAAAAAAUACUUGAGGGUGUGUCACCAGGUUCAUCCUUUGACUUGUUAUAAAGAAUUUUAAGGUCCAAAAGUAGCAACUUAUAUUUUACAUGACAUAUAAAUGCAUAUCUUUUGUAUAUGGUAGCAAACUUUAUAUCCAUGUACUAUUUUACAACACAGCAAAAAUAUAUACUUCUUAUAGUACCUUUGUUCUAGAGGUACUGUUUUUUAAUUUGAUAAAUUAAGGACAAAUUAGACAAUUUAGAUUCAAAUUAAAUGAUGUUCUUAGUGAUUCUGCCUAUAUAUUUAUUUGAUAGAAAGUUUUAAAAUCGAUAAGUUUUUGUUAAAUUCUUCUUAUCAAAAAUAUCCAACUUAUAUACUUUAUUUACAAAGCAAGUGCCAGAUUUAGUAAUUAUUAAGGCUGUUCUGCUAUAUUAUGUUUUUAUUAUUUUUUUAACAGUGUAAACAAACAUUAUUUUAGUGGAAUUUUAUUUAUUUAUGUGGAGAUAUAAUGCUUAUGUUGGGGGAUUUCUAUAUAAGAGAUUGUAUCCUCCUCAUUUAAAUUCAUAUGAGAAUUGAAUGUUUAAGUUUUAGAAUCUAAUGAGUUUUUUGCAAUUAUUCUUUUUUUUUUAAGAAGUACUUUUAAUUUUUUUUAUCAAAAAUAAGUUUUAGUUUUUUAAGCUGUCUGAAAUCGUUUUUGAUCGAGUAGCAAGAAAAUGUGGCUUUAAUUUUUUUUAUUCUGAAGUUCUCCUGUAUUUGUAUUUCUCCCCCAAGAUUAUGCUUUUUUAUCUUUUUUUAGAGAUAGAAAUUUAAUUUUACCCUGUUUUUCUAUAGCUUAAUUACAAAAUCAUGAUAUCUCAAAAUAAAAUAUAUACCAGAGUUCGAUUAGAGAAAUCCAUAACUGACGUGGCAACUUUAAUGGCUUGUUUGAUUUAAGCUGCGAACAAAAUUUACUUCUAGUAUGGACUAUUUCUUCAGUAUAAAGUUUACUUUGCUAAGGGUCGAUCAUUCGUCCAGGAUAUAGCUCUAACCAUAUUUGGAUUUGAUAAAUAUAUUUCACAAAUAUAUUCAAGUAAUUAAUUAUGGCUACUUUCAAAAACUGCAUAUAAUCCAGAGAAAUAUAAGAAAAAACGAAAAUGAUAUUUAUGUAUAUCAUAUGUUAUAGAACUAUAAAGGGAGCAGGGUGCAGCGACGAAACGGGAGGGAGUUGAUUAGGAUAUUAUGUUAUAGGCAAAAUGUAUUACAGUAGUAGAUAAUAAAUAAAAAUCGAGAUAUGGAAUUAUUAAUUUAUCUCUAUAUCUGAUGUUCAUGGAAUGCAUGAAACGAUUUUAAAAAUAUUAAUAAAUUAGAAAUUCAAUCAAUAUGAAUGUUAUCGAUAAAAUUGCAUACAUAUUAUUUAAAUCUAUUUGCCAUUUGAACCCAUUUUAAUGAUUCGGUUAACAUUCUUUUAAGUUUAACGUUUACAAAAUUACAUUAAUUUGCACAAAGAACUUUUAACCUUACAGAACACUCUUUAGCUUAACUUCCUAACUAAAAUAUAAUUGAGAGUCAAAAAGAUUACCUAGAUUAUGAGCAAAAUUCUCUUAGCAGCUUAGUAUUAUUUAUGUAAAUAUUCAUAGGACUAUACAAGUUCAAUGGCAUUUUUGGUUCCAAAAAGUUUUUUAAUGCCACUGUAAAAAUGAAAAUAGCAUAUCGGCCAGAGACAUAUUUUUAGCAUGAUACCACCAUUUUGGGAUAAAUGUAAUUAGUAGAUGUUACUAUGUAACAUACAUCCAAAAAUCUCUAUAUGAUUUUAGAGAACAGCUUCAAUAAUUUAUAUCGAUUUAAAUAAAUUUUUUUAGUGUGAUGAGUAGCUAAAACUUAUUGGCCUUGCUUCUAUUAUAAUUAAGAUAAAAAAGAAUUAUUAUGUUAAUUAGUUUAUUAAAAAAGCUAUAUUCUAUUGUGUCAAACUUUUUGUGAUAAUGUGAUACACUUUGUAUGUAGAGGUUGCUCUGUAGAUACAAGAAUCCACGUGGCAAUCUAUAUAUACACUAUUAAGGAUAUUUCGCUAUUCGUAAGGUAAUAGUUUUAAGAAAUAAUUUUUACUUUUCGAUCGUUUUUGUUGUGUGAAAUAUUUUUUAAAAUUUCAUAAGGGCGGGAAAUAUGCCUAUUUUUUUUGGGAGGAACUUUUUCAAUUUCUGUGUUAAGCAUUUUUAAUUUUGGUAUAUGGGCAAAACUAUUUUGUCUGAAAGAAUUUUGGUUUAUUUUUCUUAAUUAAGUGGUUUUCACUGUAUUCUCUUUGUAUUUAUUAAGUCUAAUUUUAGUUAUAUUUUUAUUAUUAUGCCUGUGUGUAUUUGUGCAAAUGAUUUACAUAAGAAAAGUGCAAUCAAUUAUACAAAGCGCGUUAUGCUACAACAGCAAGAGGGGGGCAAUAUAUGACAUUAUGUUGACUUUUAAAAAGUUAUUAUUUGUAUAUUCUGUUUAUAUAGUUUUUGUUAAAUAUAUAUUUUAUUGCUCCCUUUUCUGUCAAACUUUAUAUGAUAAGUAUAAAAGUACAACAUAGUAUACCAAAUCUUUUAAAUGCAGCUGUCAUUUCAUAUUCUAUAUUUGAUAAAGAUGCAUGCAUUCAUUCAGCCAUUUUGCAUUAAAGUUUGGUAUGCGGAUAAGUGAAAUGAGUUCGUUUUUUUUUUUUCAUUUUGUAUAUAUUUUUAUAUAGGGUAUCUAUGUCUAUAAAUUGUUAAUAUUGUUUUAAUUGUUAAGACUUUGUUAAUUAAAUUUUCUUUAAAUCAGUCA